AUGCUUCGCCAAUUCAGUGCUGGCCUGCCAAAGGCUCGGGCCUCGUGCUCGAAAGUCUUGGGUCAGGCUUCCAAGUUCUCGAUGGCGCGGAGAUCUAUGGCUACUGUCAAGGUGAAGGGUAUUGAAAAGGACCCUACAGAGCUUGACAAGGUCACGACACUUCCCAAUGGUCUACGAGUUGCGUCAGAAGCCCUCCCCGGAUCAUUCGCUGGUGUGGGUGUUUAUAUCGAGGGCGGUUCACGAUUCGAAAACGAUUCUCUCCGCGGUGUAUCCCAUAUUAUGGACCGACUCGCUUUCAAGUCCACAUCGAAGCGCUCCGCAGACGAUAUGCUCGAACAGGUCGAAGCCUUGGGCGGAAACAUCCAGUGUGCUUCAUCGCGAGAGAGCAUGAUGUACCAAGCCGCCACCUUCAACAAUGCCGUCCCCCAAACCAUUGAGCUCCUCGCCGAGACGAUCCGCGACCCCCAGAUUACCGACUUGGAAGUUGCCGAGCAGAUCGAGACUGCGCGAUAUGAGAUUCGCGAGAUCUGGAGCAAGCCUGAACUUAUCCUGCCCGAGCUGGUGCACACUGCUGCGUUCAAGGAUAACACUCUCGGAAACCCACUGCUGUGCCCGGAAGAAAGGUUGGGCUCUAUCGACAAAAAUACUGUUAUGGCGUACCGCGACCUGUUCUACCGACCUGAGAGAAUGGUCGUGGCAUAUGCUGGUGUUGAGCACAGCGAAGCUGUCAGACUGACAGAGAAGUUCUUUGGCGAUAUGCAAAAGGGCGCACAGCAGGUCACAGAGGCAACUGGUUCCGAGACCAGCGAGAGUGAACUCUCAGAUAGCGAAGCUAGCGCAUCAUCAGCCUCUUCAUCGCCACAGCAAUCCUCUGGACUCCUUUCACGAUUUUUCAAGAACACACCUUCCGCUCCUCAGAACCUCAACAACCUCCCCUCCCAAGCCGAUAUUAUCCGCCCCUCCAAAUACACAGGCGGUUUCUCCUGGCUUCCCGCUCAACCACCUAACCUGAGCGGUCUUCCUACAUUCACACAUAUCCACCUCGCCUUCGAAGGUCUCCCUGUCUCUUCAGACGAUAUCUACGCCCUUGCCACACUCCAGACUCUCCUUGGUGGCGGCGGUUCUUUCUCUGCCGGUGGACCCGGUAAGGGCAUGUACUCUCGCCUGUACACCAAUGUCCUGAACCAGCACGGCUGGGUCGAGUCAUGCAUGGCCUUCAACCACUCCUACACUGACUCUGGGCUUUUCGGCAUCUCAGCAAGCUGCUUGCCUGGACGAACAGCUGCCAUGCUCGACGUUAUGUGCCAGGAACUCCGUGCCCUUACCCUGACAACAGGCUUCUCACGUUUACAAGAGACCGAGGUUGCACGCGCGAAGAACCAGUUGCGAUCUAGCCUCCUUAUGAACCUUGAGAGUCGCAUGGUUGAGCUCGAAGACCUCGGCCGCUCAAUCCAGGUCCACGGCCGCAAGAUUCCCGUCAAGGAUAUGUGCCGCCGUAUCGAGAACCUGACAGUAGCUGACCUCCGCCGUGUGGCCACUAUGAUUGUUGGCGGCCAUGUGAAAAACCCCGGUGGCGGCAGCGGUGCUCCUACCGUGGUGUUGCAGGAGGCCCAGGCAUAUGGUGUUAGCAGCCACACGAUGAGCUGGGACCAGAUCCAAGAUCGCAUUGACAGCUGGAAGCUUGGCAGCUUGUCAUAG